AUGUCAUCCAUCAAGCAACCUGCAUGGGCUCCCCCUGUACCAGUUCAACCAGAACCAGUACUGAAGAUAUAUAAUUCCUUGACACGUACAAAAACAGAAUUCAUACCAAAAUCUGGGCGGUCGGUAAAGUGGUAUAACUGUGGUCCAACGGUGUAUGAUGCUUCGCAUAUGGGACACGCUCGAAACUAUGUCACGCAGGAUGUUCUUCGGAGGAUAAUGGAGGAUUACUUUGGUUACGAUGUGCAGUUUGUGAUGAAUAUAACAGACAUUGAUGACAAAAUCAUCAAACGUGCUCGACAAAACCAUCUCUUGGAGAAGUUUCGCGCUGAUACGAAGUUGCUGGAUGCGAAUUUGGUAUCCCAAGUUUAUACGGCUUGGAGAGCUUUUCUUCGAAACGAAAUGGCAGCAGGGCUGCCAUCGCAUGAACGUGCGUUAUUUACAGAGAACGACGGAGAAUUAGAUAGUCAAUUCAAUCGAAUCGCGGAACUCAUUCAGAAUAACAAAGAGUGGAAGCAGGAGUGCUUGAAGAGAGAUGAAAAGUUCGAUAUGAAUUUUGCUUCUGCGAACCGCACGCUAUUGGCUGUAAGGCAUGCAGAAAGUAGUUUGAAAGCCGGAUCCACGUCCCAAGAAGAAGCACAUAAGCUUAUUGACGAUUCUCAAGAUAUCCUUGUCCUCUUUCUCGAUGAACAAUACAAAUCCACCGUAACCGACCCCUCCCUCUCCCGUAACCUCGCCUCCUACUGGGAAAAAUGUUUCUUUGACGACAUGCGUCGUCUCCAUGUCCGAGAUCCUGACACCCUUACCCGUGUAACGGAGUACAUGCCGGAGAUCAUAACAUUCGUGGAAAAGAUCAUCGUUAACGGAUACGCGUAUGAGAGCGGGGGAAGUGUGUAUUUUGACACGAAGGCGUUUGACGAGGCACCGGGGCAUGAAUAUGCAAAGCUGGAGCCGUGGAGUAAAGGAAAGAGGGAUGAUGUGGUGGUGGCUGGUGAAGGUGCGGGAGCCCCUUCACAAAACAACCUCACCCGUCACUCCUCCUCCGACUUUGCCUUAUGGAAAGCUACCAAACCUGGUGAACCUUCCUGGGACUCACCCUGGGGCAAGGGCAGACCCGGAUGGCACAUUGAGUGUUCGGUGAUGGCUAGUGCAGUGUUGGGUGAGAAUAUGGAUGUGCAUUCUGGAGGGAUUGAUCUGGCAUUUCCACAUCAUGAUAACGAGAUGGCACAGAGUGAGGCAUACCAUGAUUGCCCCACAUGGGUAAACUACUUUGUACACACCGGACAUCUGCACAUCGAGGGUUUGAAGAUGAGCAAAUCAUUGAAGAAUUUCAUUACAAUUGACGAAAUCCUCCAAAAAUACACCGCACGUCAAAUCCGUCUCGCCUUCCUCACUCAACUAUGGAACGCCAAAGUCGAUUUUUCAGAAUCCCUCAUGGCUGGGGAAGUCAGGAAUGUCGAGAGUACGCUUAACAACUUUUUUACAAACGUAAAAGCUCUAGUCAGCCAGGCGCGCGAUAGCGGGGUGACGUCGGAUGGGUAUCAUCAUUAUGAGGCUGCAGAAAAGGAAUUGGUAGAAAAAUUCCACCAAUCCCAAUACUCCUUCAGAGCCGCCUUGUGCGACUCGUUCAACACCCCUGAGGCACUAGAUGUAUUGCGGGAGCUUGUUUCGCGGACGAAUACCUAUCUCAACUCCCGGGGGAAAGCGGUGAAUGUUGGGGUUGUGGAAAACAAUGCGAGAUGGGUUGCAAAGAUGCUGAGGAUGUUCGGGCUUGGUGAAGGGGAGAGUAGUGAAAUUGGAUGGGGUCAGGAGAGUAGUGCGGAGGGUGGAGCUGUUGAUCGCGAGGAAAUUCUGAUGCCGUAUCUACGAGCAUUAUCCACAUUCCGUGACGGUGUCCGCCGGCUGGCAAUCGACAAGGGGGACUCUGCUUUGAAAGAUAUCCUUGCUCUUUGCGACAAGUUAAGAGAUGAAGAGUUGAUACCGUUGGGUGUAGCACUGGACGAUCAAGAAGACGGUAAAGCCCUCCUCAAACUCGCACCUCCCUCUGAGCUACUCAAAGCUCGAGACGAGAAACGCGCCAUUGCCCUAGCCAAACAAGCUAAAAAAGAAGCCGCAAAAGAAGCCGAACGUCUGAAACGUCUAGAGAGAUUAGCCAAGGGAAGAGUAGACCCGAAGGAGAUGUUCAGACCUCCGAAUGUUAAAGAGGGAUUGUAUGGGUCGUAUGAUGAGAGCGGGGUUCCCAUGACGGAUGGUGAGGGGAAGGAAUUGAGUAAAAGUGCGAGAAAGAAGUUGGGAAAGGAGAGGGAGACGCAGGUCAAGCUGCAUGAAGAGUAUUUAACGAGUCUGUAG